UUCUAUCAAAGAACACUAAGGCGAUGGGUUCGUUAACUUUAUCAGUGAUAUUUUUAUCGUUAGCGGCUUUUUCAGUCGCUGAAAAUAUUGUUGUGUGUAAUUACGAGUCAAAGUCCCAUUUAAGAGAUGGAGAAGGAAAAUUUGAUGUUUCUAAUUUAAAUGAGGCUUUACGCUAUUGCACCCAUUUAUUAUAUGGCUACGCAGCAAUUGACGACAACACAUACAAGUUAGUUCCAAUGAAUGAACAAUUUGAUGUGAUUAAAGAAAAUUAUAAACACAUAACCGAUUUGAAAAAGACCCACCCCAAACUUAAGGUGUUACUUUCUGUGGGAGGAAACGAGGAUAUCAGUGGCUCAGGUGAUGAGAAAAAUGAAAAAUAUAGAAAAAUUUUGGAAUCUACCGCACACCGAUUAAGCUUUGUCAACUCUGCAUACACUUUAUUAAAAGCGUAUGGUUUUGAUGGACUUGAUUUGGCUUGGGAAUUUCCCGAAACUAAACCCAAGAAGAUAAAGUCAGGAAUUAAAAAACUGUGGAGUUCCAUCAAAACAACCAUUGCUGGUGAACAUGUUGUUGACGAAAAUUCCCAGCAACAUAGAGAACAAUUCGUAGCAUUAGUUAAAGAACUUAAAAAUGCUCUUAAAGCAGAUAACAUGCAACUGUCUUUGACAGUUUUACCCAACAUCAACAGCACAGUUUACUAUGAUCCCAGAAAUUUGGCCCCUUAUUUGGACUUCAUUGUUCUUCAUGCAUUUGACUUUUAUACACCUUUACGUAACGAAGAACUGGCUGAUUUCCCUGCACCCUUGUACGAAUUAAUCGACCGUAGAGGUGAUGAAAAUAUUGAUGCUUGGGUAAAAUACUGGUUAUCAAACGGAACACCAGCAAAAAAACUUCUCCUUGGCAUUCCCACAUAUGGUAGAACUUGGCAUUUGAAAGGCGAGGCAAAAGUAGACCAAUUCCCAAUAACCGAUUUGAAUGGACCAGGUGAUGCAGGACCUCUUACUAAGGAAGCAGGUCUUCUCAGUUAUCCAGAAAUCUGUAACAAAGUUACUCCACGAACAAGCACUCCAGGAGGUUUAACCAAGAUUCCCGACGGAACUAAGCGAAGAGGAGUUUACGCAUACCGCUAUCCUGACAAGGACGACAAAGGAGGAAUCUGGGUAGGAUAUGAAGACACAGAAACAGCCUCUACCAAAGCACAGUAUGCCAAAGCUAAAGGACUUGGAGGUGUUGCUAUUGACGAUCUAACACUUGAUGACUUCAAAGGAGUUUGCGGACACAGUAAUAACAAGUUUGCCAUAUUAAAAGCUGCAGUAGCUGCAUUGUAAUAACAUUUUAAUUUGUAAUUAAAGGUAUAGUUUGUAAUAA